AUGUUUAAAUCUGGACUCUUCAACCGGUCGAGGACCACAAUGGCUGAAUCAAUUGAGGUUGAAGAUAGUUUAGAGCUAGAAUACGAUAUGUGGGAUGGACAAUUUGACUUUGUCGGACCCCAAGAUCCGCAAUUGCGGCCUAGGAUCACUUCGGAUAGUAGUUUGACUGAGGAUUUAUUUACCGGCGCCCCGUUGACACCACACUUGAGUAAUGGUCUCAAUGGUGGAAAGAAAACAGCUGCACAUCAAUGGUGUGAUAACUUAUCUGACCAAGUACAACUUCUUCAGCAGCAGGUGACGUCAUUAGCAGACACGCAAAGCACCGCUGAUGAAAGAUACGCCAGGGCGAAGGCAGAUAACGCGGUGCUUCAAGCUCGGGUUCACAUGCUGGAUGAACAGAUACGUGAGAUCGAAUGCCGCUGCGAGGAACGAAUAGCGGAAGAGCAGAAACGAUGCAGAGACGCGAUAGCACGGGUCGAACGCGAUCGUGAAACGCAACUUGCUGCUCUGAACGACAGGUUAUCAGCAGCAGAAACGGAGGCUUCGGAUCUUAAGCAAGAGGUGGGCAGGCUGCGCGGGGUCGCUGAAACUCUUCGAGCGAACGCUGAAAUAAGCUCGCGCACCGCACGCGAAGCCCAGGACGCAGCCAGCGAACUAGCCGCGCAGUUGAGUUCAGCCCGUGACGCUGAAAGGAGGGAACGCGAAACCGCCGAGGCGACCAGAGCACUCCUGACCGUCGCUCAGCAGGAGCUAAGGGCAGUUAAAGCCGCGCCUCCACCACCUCCCGAUCCUCGCCUGGACGAACUCCAACGGGAACUUACGCUGCUUCGCACUCAAAAUAAAUCUCUCACAGAAGCUCAAGAGGAACUACAAGCACAGAUUAUAACCCGCGGCGUGGAAGAAGGUCGUAGUUUGCUAGAUGGAGUUAGUGGACCGCUCGUCGCCACCAAUUCUUUGGCCCACGAGUUAUCACAAAUGAGUGACCAUGAGCUGGUUGGUAGCGAACAAAGUGAUCACAGCAUAGAGUUAGAAAAGUUACAAAAGGCUUUGAAAGAACAGCAAGAUGUUAACGUCCAACUGCGAGACUAUAUUGACGGUAUCCUGCUCUCAAUAGUCGAAAACUACCCGCAACUACUAGAAGUCAAGUGUCAAAAGCCAGAUAUAAAAUCAUAA